AUGAACAUCAUCGUGGAUGAUCGGGACCCGGCCAUCUCAUAUCAGCCUGCGUGGAGAACAACAACGACCAAGGGCGGCCCGCUUGGCCAGGCCCGCGAGUAUGCUGGGACCACCUCCCAUGCGGGCAGCCAGGGUGCUGCGGCUUCGUUCACGUUCACCGGCACUCAAAUCUCCGUCUACGGGACGAUCUCCGCCACGCAGACCAACCUCUCUCUCACCAUCGACGGUCACGCAACGUCCCGGCUCAUUCCAACCCCCGAGGGGCAGCAGCUGUUCCACCAGCCCGUGUUUGUCUCGGAUGCACUUCCUGACGGGGAACACACACUGACCAUCACCAACACCGCCAGCACCGGCGACGGCUUCUUUCUUGACUAUCUUAUCUACAAGACGGGCAAGCGGAACGCGGGCCAGACCAUCUUUGUCGACGAGACCGAUGCAAGCAUCACAUUCUCCGGCGCUUGGAGUCAAAACAACACAUAUAAUUUCUUCCAACAAACUAGCCACUACACAGGGACAGCAGGGGACACAGCAACCAUUAGCUAUAACUUUUCGGAUGGCGACAAACUCUCCCUCUUCGGGACCCUCCCGUUGGCGCUUUCUGCCGCUGUGUCGAUUGACGGAGCUGCCCCUGUUCCUGUGUUGCCAUCUUCAGGUGUCGCAGCGUUAAACCAGCGGCUUUACGGCUCUCCUGCGAUGAGCGCCGGGCCGCACACAUUCAAAUUUGUGCAUAAUACAGGGCCACAACUGACCAUCGACUACUUCCUUAUCGAGACUGGCUCUACUGGUUCCUCGCAAGGGUCCACUUCCAACUCGGCCUCCUCUUUGACUCCUAUUCUAAGCACAAUUGUGAGUGUGAGUACUGAUAACCUGGGAGCACCACAUACCACCACUAUCAUUGAAACUGCGCCUAAUAUGAACUCUGCAACUCCAUCCAGCAGUGCUAUUAUGGCCAACUCUUCUAAAAGUCAUACCGGAUUGAUUGCUGGUGCUGUCAUUGGAGCUAUAUGUGUGCUGCUGUUCUGUGUAGGCAUGUUCAUAUGCCUGUGGAGAAGGCAUAGGUUGGAACCAAAUACUAGUAUGGUCAAAGCUGAGCACAUUGCACAUGCAACAGCACCCAAUCCCUUUCCUGUACCACCACUAGAAUCUGAAGCUGUUCCAGAAAACACAGCAAUACUAGCAGCUAGUUGGGAGCCUUCAGUCACCGAGAAGGGGCCACACUGGCAAAAACCCAUUGCUGAUCAUGUACAAGAUGAGACACCCUCUGGUUUGCAGCAGCAGACUAUGCCAGUAGUAGCAGCUUCAGACCUUCCAACACAGGAGUUGGUGCGGAUCUUGAACUCACGACUGCAGAGCAACCAGGUGCCAUUUGAUGUGGAUGAAGUGCCACCCAGUUAUCUUCAAGGGGAGGCAGGAUAUUAG